AUGGGGGGAGCAACUGUUGGGCCCGGAGUGAUAACUGGACAAGCUACGGGCACACCACUGAGACUGGGUAUAGCACGCCGGCGAUGUCUACCCACCAGAACUCCUUCCCUUCUCAAGCGAGAGCUGACACAUCAACCAAGUCGAGCAACGAGGAGUCCGGCAGAAGCUACCGCAAAGGACACAGCCAAGAAUGAGAUAUCUGACAAGAAAUCCACGGAAGAGUCGGAUACAGCACCCGGCCUUCAAGAAAAGCUCUGGACGAUCGUUGACGCUCACCAUGCCACAACGAGUGCCGCAGACAAGGUCUUGGACAAGCUGGAUUUCGACGCGCCUCACCGCCCGCAACUUGAGCAUAUAGCUUUCAGACUUCAUGACAAUGCUGGCAGAUUGGAGGCUGUACUUGUUUCGUUGCCGAGUCUCGCGAGAAGCUUUGUCUUCGGCCCCAUGGGGUUUGAUGGAAUGGGCGACGUGAAUUCUGCUUUAGAAGGGUUGCCUCUACGUGAUGGAUCUUCACCAUCGAACACACGUUCGGCCGACAUGCCUCCACUGUUGCGAAACUACUACGAUGCUGCAGGGAACGUCGGUAUUUUGUACGAGCGACUUAGAGACCUGUAUUUUGAGCAUGAAGAAGACCUGGAGGAGGCCCGACGAGAAGUGAAUUUGACAAGUCUGGACCUUCCACACGCCCUCCACGAUUUUGAUAAGCGAAAGGCUGAACUCAAGGAUGAACUGAGGGCCGCCCAGAAGGAUGCUAACGUCCUACUGCAGAAGUGUCGAGAACAGGACAUCGGACCAGCAAGUCAUUCGCGACCAUGGGAGUACCGCUCUCCUCCGCCAUCAACUCACCUCUCAAGAUCGAGGUCUCCAGAAACCUUCUCGCCGCCGCUGGAGGGUUCGGCUCGACAAGGGUCGCGCGAUCUCAGAGAUCCUUUAUAUGCUGUGCAGCAAAAGAUCGAUCAUUCGUCUUCACCAAGUGCCGCCUCACGAAGUCCCACACCAGGCCGAUACGCGGGAGCCAAGCGUCCGGGCACCACACGGCGGGUGACUGACCAGGAGCGCCAUAUCUAUUCGAGAUAUGUGCCUCGUCCUAGCACCGUGGAUGGACCGCUGUCAGGCUCGAUAGCGUCCUUGCCCGAGAACGUCUCUGCCGAGCAGAACAUUGACCGAGGUGUAAAUGUUACUCUGACGACCGAAAGGGUGCCAGAUAGCGAGCAGGCUCAAAAUCGGAUGGAUGUGCCUGCGAGGCGGAAGCUCAAAAGCAGCCGCUCAGUGCAUUCGGAGUCUUCGAUGUGA